UUUUAAAUCUGUCAGACCUAUAAUACGUUCACACUAUAAUUUCUGUUAUUUUUUCGUUGAAAAUGGCCCAAAAGCAGAAUAAUGAGACUGGCAAUGGGACGACAACUCAAAUAGUUGACGAAGUAGAUGUUGGUGCUCCUUCGGACGCUACCCGGACGACACCCACGCUGCAACUGCGCCUGGAACAUCCGCGGGACGAGCGUCGUGUAGUGUUUCAUGCUGGGGUCAUAGACAACGAGCAUUUGAAUCGGAAGAAGUCCAAAUGCUGCUGCAUUUACAAAAAACCCUUAGCGUUUGACGAGAGUUCCUCUGAAGAUGACGAGGACUGCGAGCAUUGUUUUGGACACCCCGAGAAGCGAAAAAGGAACGCCAAACAUAGUCACGAUCAGGGAGAAAACUCAUGCCAGGACGCCAGUCAUCCGGACGGACCAUCGACAUCUACUCAAGCUGCGGACUCCAGCCUCCCGCCAGCCGAACCUGUUGAAUCACCGGCCAAUCGGAAACCCCCAACCGAAAGGGUUGACUUUGAACAAGCGGAUAGUUCGUAGCGCGUACUCCAAUUUAAAUAUGUAUAAUUAUAAACGUUAACAGCACGGAACCAACUAGCAGCAAGCA